AUGUCACGGCUCCUGCUUCUGUCCACGGCAGCAAGCGGGUCCUGUACACUGCGCAGGUACAACAGCUCAGACCGCCUGUGACCUCCCUCGACCGACAAGGGUGCCCUUUAACUGAACGCUGGACAUAAGAUCUGCUGGCUAUACACCGCACGGCAUGAGGUGGUGUUGUUUCCCCGGACUGCUGGUGAUCGCGGCGUCGCAAGCGUUCGACGCUGGCGAGCAAGAAUCUACGGCUUCUACGUUUCUCGAGCUCGCCCGUGAGCGCUUUGAGGCCCGGAACGGCAGGCCGGCCACCUUCGAGGAGAACGCCUUCGCCUUCGAUGGCUUGCAGCUCAUCAGGGUGCCGAAGGCCGGCAGCAGCGAGGCCAGCGUCAUCGCACGGCGGCUCGGCGGAUGCGUGCCUCGAGGCCCUUGCUGCCGGUUCCCCGGAGACCCUCCCGGGAGUUGCCCGCUGGAAGGCCUAAUGUGCCCAAUGGUGACGGGGUGCACCAGCCACAGGAUGGACCCGACGACGACCGCGAUGCUGGAGGACCCCAGCGUGUUUUCGAUGGCCAACAUCCGCGGUGUGGUGGACCGGAUGGUCUCGGGGUUCUUCUACACGGAUCCGCACUCUCCUCCGUGCGCAUGGAAGGACGAUGUGGACUACGAGGCCUGUUUUCAGAAAAUGAUAACUACUCGCAAGUUCCAGAACAUCGCGGCGAGAAUGGUGUCGGGCCACGACGCUUACAAAGGCGGCAUCAGGCUCUGCAUGGACAAGGAUCAGGAUGAAGGCGGGGAGGGCGUGUGCGUCGAAGACCUGGAGUCCGUGAUAAGGGGCGCGUGCAACUUGAACUUCGUCACCAUGUGUGAGACGUGGGAUUCGUCCGUCCUUCUAUUGUUCGAGACCUUGCCGUGGCUGGGCCCGACUGCAGAUUUCUUCCCCGCUCCGAAGCGCCAGCACCGUCAACUGCCGUCGAUCGGAGAUGCAGAUGCACCCGCGCCGCUCGAAGUUCCGGCUGCCUCGGGUCGCUCGCGCCAAAACACCGGCGCGAAGCACGAGGAAGGGAUAAAGCACAUCACACCCGAGCUGAGGGAGGCGGCCAGCAGCGCCAACGCGGUCGACGAAGCUCUUCACGAGUUUAUUUCGGCCAAGUUCUGCGAACGACUGAGGGAAACGGGGUUGUUGCACCACCCCUUAGUGUCUGCACAGCUGGCCACCUACGAGCCGCUGGAUCACAGGUGCAACGACGAGACAUGGGCGAAAGAAACACUGGAAAGAUUUGCGCCGAUCACUCCGCAGGAGUGUAGAUUGUACGAGCCGUUUGAUAAACCGUAAGGAUCAUAAAGGGCUCCCCUUUGGGAGUUUGGUGGCUUGCCUCCUGGGGGUGACGCAAGAGGGCAUGGCCAAUACCAGCACGAUUGCACCGACAAACCUCCUCUGUGCACCUGAGAAGGAACCAUGAGAAAGCAUGUUGCCGAAAAGCCAGUUGUGCCGAAACACGAAAAAUAUCGAAGUGGUACAGAACUGUGUAUGGGGACACGGAAUUGUAUCAGACCGGAUCGGAUUCAGUACGACACCUGUAAGCAAAAUGACUUUGGGACAAGGGACGGCACAGAUGCUCUACUUCCGCAACUCUCCUUACGCAAUGCCUGUUGAAACCGAGUAUUGUAAACCUGAUUGGUCAAGUAUCGAGUGAGUUUGAAGGGUGAUGUUUUUCACACGGAUUGCCACACGGUUGUGGCGCUGCCUCCGCUUUCCCCCUGCCCCUGUUGUUGCAACUGGUGCGAAGUCUCUCCAAGCACCAAGCGUUGCAGCAAGGCAUCUUGAAGGUAUAGGCAGCACCCACGCUGUUUAUUCUCUGAGGACGGCAUCGCGCAUAUGUUGCUUCCAUAAUGUUGCUGUCAAUCUCACAAACCGUUCGCACCCUGUGCAAAUACGUUAGUAGUCCCAUUGAUGUUGCCAACCGAUCUAGGUAGUCUAGUCUAUUGGAUCAGAAUCUUCGGGCGAUUAGUUGGUUCGAACCUAAUACUUGCGGUUAUUGCUCAGACGAAUCGGUUCGUUCGCCUGUUUGCUGGUUAUCAUCAGCAGGAGCUAGUGUAGGACCAGCUCAGAUGUAUGUUCAUGGGUCUCUCGUGUGCCUUGAUUCCUAUGCUUGCACAUCGCGAACCGACUGACCGUUGAGAAUACGUCAGUCUUAGUGCGGCUAAAAACAGAAACAUAUGCUUUCAUUGGCCAUGGUCUGAGGAACCUCGUCAGGCGGCGUCAUGGGG